UGGUGAGUAGAACGAUCUCUGGUGAAGUAUGUUAUAAGAGGGUGACAGUUUGCGGGGUGUAGUCGUGAGUGUCCCUCGCGGCGUCCAUCAACACCUCCUGCUCCGCCCCGGCCACCAUGUCUUCAAGGACAGGGAAGAAGCUGUUCACCCCCGGGCCGCUGUGCUGCUCGGCGGAGGUGAAGGCGGCCAUGAUGGAAGACUUGGGCUCGCGCGACCAGGACUUCAUCGCCUGCGUGAAGGAGAUUCGCGACGAGCUGCUUGAAGUGGCGGGGGUCAGCGCGAAGGAGUUCACGGCGGUGCCUCUGCAGGGCUCCGGCACCUACUGCGUGGAGGCCGUGCUGCAGACCACGUCACCCAGGACCGGGGCCAGGGUUCUGGUGCUUUCCAACGGUGCCUACGGGGAGCGCAUGGGGAAGGCGUGUACCUGUGGGGGCAUAGAGGUGCGCGUGGAGGCCUUCCCAGAGACCGAACCCGUCCCCGUAGCGCAGGUGCAGCGUCUUCUGGAGCAGUACGGCGACACCUUCACCACCGUGGCCCUGGUGCACUUGGAGACCUCGAGCGGCGUGAUUAACCCUGUGGAGGAGGUGGGCCGUCUCGUGCACCGCUACUGCCCUAGAGCUGCCUUCUUCGUGGACGCCAUGAGCAGCUUCGGCGCCGUGCCCCUCGACCUCGACGCCGCAGGGGUAGACUACCUCGUGUCCUCGGCCAACAAGUGUCUGGAGGGCGUCCCGGGGUUCUCGUACGCCAUAUGUAGGACGCAGCACCUCCUAUCCUGCCGGGGCCACAGCCGCGUGAUGAGCCUGGACCUGGUGGAGCAAUAUCUGGGCCUCGAGAAAAUCGGCCAGUUCCGUUUCACACCCCCGACCCACGCCAUGCUGGCCUUCCGCGUCGCCCUCAGCCAGUACCGGGAGGAGGGCGGCCUGCAGGGGAGGGCGGCGAGGUACCGCGAGAACCAAAGGGUGCUGGUGGAGGGCAUGACGCGCCUCGGGUUCCGCCGCCUCCUGGCCCCGCAGCACGCCGGCUACGUUAUCACCGCCUUCCUCUUCCCGCCGCACCCAAACUUUGACUUCACGACCCUCCACAACAAGCUGGCGGAGAGAGACCAAGUGAUCUACCCCGGGAAGGUGACCCGCGCUGACUGUUUCCGCGUGGGGACCAUCGGCCGCCUCUUCCCCGCCGACGUGAGGGAGCUGCUGGUGUGCCUCGAGGCGGUCAUGCGGGAGAUGGAGUUGCCCGUGCCCCUCCCCUACUGAGACAGACAGGCGCGGGCACACACACAGGCACGCAGACAGAGACAGACGGGGAUGUACGGGCAUACCUCUCCUUCCGAAAUUGACCUCACUUUCGGCCACCUCUUUGGAUUCUUUUUGGGAGCAGCGAGUAGCGGGCUUUUUUAUUAUUAUUGUUUCCUUUGU